CCUGCUGCGUAAUAUUUUGAUACAUCAUGAAGCUUAUUGUUUUACCGACACUCUGUGCCGGAAUAUCCUGUUUGGUGUAUCCUCUCAUGCGGUACAUACCGAGGCAAGUUAACACUCAAAACAUCCCGGUCACUGAUGACUAUAUUGUUGCUCCCGCGAGAUCUUGUUCUGAGCCUCUGGAAGGCCGUUGCUGUGGAUACAGGAGCGUCGCGACUCGGUGCAAAACAUCUUCCUGUUCGCUUACAGGGACCUUACUUGGAUAAAUGACAGAUCAUGGAGCAUGAUGAGCUGAAUGACUUGCGGCUUCAGUUCCAAGUGCUACAGAAACAACAGGAGAAAAGAAAACUGGAAAGAAAAAAGGAGAAAGAAUCAGAUAAGCCUAAUGUCAGUGUUUCACAGGAUGAUCUGGAUCUGUCAAAACAAGGCAUGCAGGCAGACAACCUGCCUGCAAAUGACAGACUUCUGCAGAAUGAGAAUCAGAAUUUGGUGGACCAGCUGAGAGAGCUGCAAGAUGAAAAUGGUCGGCUCUUCAAACUUCUGAGUGAAAAGGAUUUUGAAAUUAAACACCUUAAGAAGAAAAGAGAAGAGGAACGACUGGCCUUAGCAGGCACGUCGGGUUUGGCAGGGGAUGUAGCAGCCACCAAGAUUGUUGAGCUGUCCAAGAAGAACAGAGAGCUGACCUCUGAAGUUGAGCGAGAAAAGAUUAAGUCGAAGCAAAACAGCAACAGAAUAAAAGAGCUUGAGAAAGAGCUUCAGACCGCUUUGGUGCACUCUCUACCUGGGCAAAAGAUUGAUACAAAGCCACAGAAUAAGAGGUCAUCUGAAGACUGUGAGCAGGAAAAUCUGGUGGUGAAAUCCCUACAGGAAAAAUUAGCUGCUGCCCAGCUGAAAGUAACUGAGUUUCGCAACCAGGUUCAAUCCGCCAAACAGGAGUUGAAAGUAGCUCAGAAGGUGUUGAUCAGUGAGGUUGGAGAGGAGGUCAACCUUCAGCAAUUACUAAACUGCCCAGGGAGCUUUAGAGGUCGCUCUCAGCAGAUACUGGCUCUUCAGACAAGGGUACGGGAUCUUGAGAAGCAGCUGAACCAGUCAACUCAGCGGAGACAGCCAAGUGUCUUGAGUGCAGAGGAAGAAUUUCUUGGCUUGGGGGACCUUCUGAAAACCCCCACCCAAGACAGGAACCUCAGCUACAUCCGCACCAUCGAGAAGGAGAAGAGGGAGGCGUUCGAGAGGAUCUCAGUGGACUACGAGGCCCUCCUGAAAGACCAUGAGGAUGUGAAGAAAAAGCUGGAAGCCUCUAAAGCCAGGAGCAAAUCUCUGUCUGCAGAAGUGAAAACUCUGAAGGUCCAGAUUUCCACCCUGCUCGAGAAGGGUAAACAUGAUGAUGAGCUUGUGGAUGCUUUGCUGAAGCAGCAGACCCAGAUGCAGGAGGUGCUGAGGCGGCUCAGCAAACAGCAGAACGGACAGAGCAAGGAGACGCAGCAGAGCUCGAGACGCCAGCUGAGCAUUGAGCCUUCAGAGCACAACACUCUCAUCCAGAAGCUUAAGCAGGUGGUUGCUGAGAAAGAAGCCAAGAUCAAAGAGCUGGAGGAGGAAAUCCAGCAGCUCUCCAUUAAGGAAGAGGGCAUGGAAGUGCAGUCCAGCCUCAAGACAACAAUUUGCAGUGCAGGCUUUGCCCCUGAAGAGGGAGACAUUGACAAGAGAAUAACAUCUUCAGGUUCAGUUUCUAAAUUUGGUCAUAAACUGCUGCUGCCUUCUGUGAGAAGUAGUGUGGACUUCAAGGCUCCAGGUUCUUCAAAUUGUCCACAAUGUUCAGCUGAUGUGAGUGCACUCAUGACGCAGUGUAGUGAAUAUAAAAUCCUCUGUGUGGAGAGGGACAGACUCCUCGAGCUGGUGAACAUCCUACAGAUAAAGGAAAAGGAGAUGAACCAGAGGUGUUUGCAGGCAGAGCAGAAGUAUCAGGAGGAGCGCCGCAGCACAGUGAUCCUGGAGCAGCAGCUGGAGAGGACAAAAUUAGAUUCAAAGAGCAGUGUCCCUCAGUGCUAGGACGGCAGGAGUCUAUAAACAACAGGAACGGUCCAUAGACAAACUGAAUAGGCUGUCCAACACGUUGACUGGCAUUCAUAAACAUUUUGUUUCUAACUUUGUCAACACUGUAGAUGUUUUGAACUGUUCUUGAGUUUUGUUUUUCCAACUAUCAAAUUUACACCAACAGAAACAGCGAUGCAUGGCAGUGGACACACUGCCUAUGGACAGCGCUCAUUCUGACUCUCACGUUUGGACUGCACAGAGAUGUUCAAGUCACUCUUAUAUGUCAUCUCUUGGCUGGUCAUUCAGCUGGAGGUAACGGAGGCACUGAGGGCAUCGCUAAAGAGCACUCUCCACCAUGACCUGCAGCUCUGCAGUGACGUGAUGAGACAAGUCAAGCAUGUUUUCCUGCAGGCUCUGUGACAGCCCAGACAAGACACUAACCAGGGGAAGUGGCUGGUCCCUGUUCAACCUCACGUCCAGCUGAGCCCUACCUUCUCCUGUCACACGUGUCAAACAUCAGCCUGCAGGAAACAGGCUCUCCUCUUCUGCCUCACAAACACCACACAGAUCUUAUUUUUCUUCAUCUGAACCCUCACCGACAGUUUAUGGUGGUCCCUUUCUGCAUUUGGGUGACGUCAGUUUAACCACUUGAGUACCUUGAGUAGCAGAGCUUUCAACUUAACCCUAAUGGCAUCAGACAAGUGUUCCUACCGAUUACAGAAAUGUUUGACGCUGAUAAGACGUCUCUCCAUGGUUUCAUAUUUUGUCUGCUUGCUGUUUUAUAAAUGUCACUGUCACAUUUUAUUAAAUCAAUGUAUGUCUUUUCUUCCGCUGGCAACCUUAAGUGCAUUGCAGGUAUAGUUAGCGACUAUAUCUGUUUUUUCAAAUAUUUUUAUAAACUAAUGAGACAUCUAAUUUAAUCAAUGAAAAGGAAUCUAAAUCUUCACUAAAUGCUUUGAAUAUAUUCAAUAUAUCCUUCAUGGCUAUUACCUUGCUACAGUUUUUAGUUUUUUUUGGCCCCAGAUGGUUGUACGUAAAUGUGUGACAGGCCAAUCCAAAUAGUAAACACCUCAGUUAAGUUCCCAAAAGCUUCAAUAUUCCUUUUAAAUAUUACUGUUAAUCAUUUCUGACUUGAAACCAGCUGUGUGGGAAUAGUGGUUGGAAAUGAAUGCGGACUCAAGCUGCACAAACUCCCGCUGUAGUCCUCCAUACGUUCCCCAGAGCAUGUCACACAUAUGUACAGUAUGGCUGUGUGAUCUUAAAUUCUCCUAAAUUCCAAAUGUUGUCUGGAUAUGCGUAGCCUGGUGGGAGUGGCCCCUACAUUCGUACUAACAUCCGAGUUAUUUUCUUCCGAUGUAGCCAAAAGGAUUUCAGCAGAAACCCCCCUCCACCCCACCCCGCCCUCCUUCUCUUCCCCCCUCCACAUCACGCUUAAUUUAAAACCAUGGCUGAGUUAGUGUGCUGCUUCAAAUACCGCACUAUUUCUUCCAGGACCCUGUGGGAGAUUGGCAGGUCCCCAUUGGACUAAGCGAGAAAGUGCCACAUGACAAAAAUAUCAGCGUUUGGACAUGAUGAAGAAAGCCUUUAUGCUCAGAGUAACAAAAAACAGCUUGUGUUGAAUACCUCCUGGAUAGAAGGUGAGGCACCUUUUAAUGUAGUAGAGUGAGAUGUGUCAUUGGAGGAACAGAUGAGAUACCGUGAGGCUUAUGACUACAUGUCCUGCAGGAUUGCCAAAUGUGUAUCAAAUAUAGCAAUGUGCGUCACAAAGGGUGUUGAUGGAGCAAAUACUUGUCAUGGUCCCUAACUGCAUCCGAUUCCAGGGAAAAUGUUUCACUUAAUACAUUUUUGUCUUUCGUUGUUUUUUUUGUUUGUUUGUUUGUUUUUUUAACAUCUGCAAUAACACAACUUCAUAUAAAAGUGUAGUCAGUGUUCCUGAGCAUGUAGAACAUCUUCCAAAAAGUGUAAUCUGAAGCUUUUAUUUUGAACAUGUGCUACUUGAUAGGAGCAAGGCCAAAAUGACCAGCUUUGGGGUUUUAAAUAAAGCUUAUUGCUGUUCAAUACUCAUUUCCCUGUAUUUUCAGCUAAACCCCAGUGUUGUCACAGAUAGAUGCAACUACUCUUGUUGACUUCAGUCAUUAGAGAGUGUCAUCACUUUCAAAUAAAUUACACUAUGCCAAACAAUUUUAAUAUUGUUUUAUGUAGCUGUAUUACGCAGAAAGGUGUAGAUUUAUUCCAAAAUGCCCAAUAACCCACCAAACCAAACACAAACUUAUGUAAACACAGCAUACGUAAACAGCCUCACCUAUUUGUCAUUCCAGGUUUGAAUGACUCCUUUCUCCAUCCUUCUCCUCAGAGGUAUUCCCUCGUUCUGGACCGAUGCUUCCUGCAGACCAUUGACUGCAUCCAGAAACUAAAGUAAAUAGUGGAGCUGUGAACGCAGAGGUUAAAGUUAGCCAUCAGUAUAUGAGGGAUCUGUGAACUUUACUCAGGCCAGAAAACGGUUUGUGCCUCUAUGAGUCCAUUCAUCUCCCAGUGCGUCUCAUUUACAUGUAAUGGAAAGAAAAUAAACAGCAGAGUCCUAAUGUGCUCAUUUACAGUAAGUAGAAAUAAAAUAAUGAGCUGUUAUCUUCACUUCAUGACAGUGCUGAAGCGAUGAUAAGCACUUUUUUUUUUUUUUUUUUUACAAGUGAAAUGUUCGUCAAAGUCAACCGAAUGAGUAAAAUUGUUGCUGCCAUUGAUAUCCAAAAUCAAGUAUGGAGGCAAGUUCUGUCAAUGGAUUAUCUGAUCUUGAUUUUGAUCUCUGCCUCUUUCUCUCUUAUGUCAAACUUUUGAAGAUAUGUUUGAUCUUUUUUUUUUUUUUUACUUUGGCUUCCCUUGCAGUUUCUCAAUAGAUGUAUUCUGGAGCAGUGAAGUGCAUGUCAAUACUGUCUGCUUUUUUUUUUUAAAUUUUUUAUGUAAUUUUGUUUAUUUGAGCAAGUUUAAAAAUAGGCAACAUCACUAGAUGGCAGUGUAGUUAGUCACGUACUGUAUAUCACCUCAUUUAUCAACUAUUGAUGUGUCUUUCUGACAGUCAGUGACCUGUUAUUGUCCUGCAAUGAUGAAAUCUGUAGCCAAAAAUGACAAGGACUUAAUAUAAAGUAUGCUUAAUCUGCUAGAAAUGUGCAGUAUCUAUUCUAAAUAGUACAUUUUUAUUGUCAUUGUGAUAGCCCAGUUGUGAUCAAAUCAAUAAACUGUAAAGGAAAGUGA